AUGAAUCUCUCAAAUAGCUCCAAACAUAACACAGCUGAAUUCACAGAUACGCUUUUCUGCUUCGAGUCUUUGAGUGGAUCCUGUAAGAAGCUAUCUCAGCCUUUCAGCGUGCAGACCAUUGUGUUUGUAACAGGAACAAUUAUUGGGAUAACGGUGAUCGGAAAUUUCUUGGUGAUCAUCUCCAUUGCUCACUUCAGGCAGCUCCACACUCCAACAAACUAUCUGAUCCUUUCUCUGACCACAUGCGACUUGCUCCUGGGACUGUUCGUCAUGCCUCUCAGUGCGGCCAAAUCUGCCCAAGGGUGCUGGUACAUGGGUGAGUUUCUCUGCAAGUUCCACACAAGUGCUGACAUCACCCUAAGCACGGCUUCAAUUUUCCAUCUCACCUUCAUUUCAGCAGAGCGUUACUGUGCUGUGUAUCACCCGCUGACAUACCACUUGUUGAUCAGACACAUCUCUGUGCUCCUCAUGGUCACCAUUAGCUGGCUUCUCCCAACCCUGUUUGGCUAUGGAGUGAUUUUCACAGGGCUCAACUUCAAAGGGAGUGAGGACUUUUAUUACACCCAUAUCCAAUGCAUUGGAGGCUGUGCUGUUUUCUUUAGUGGAGAGUUAGCUGUUUUUGCCUCAUUCACGUCCUUUUUCAUCCCAGGAUCUAUCAUGCUGUGGAUUUACUCUCGGAUCUACGUGGUUGUCAGGGGUCAAGUGAGGUCAAUUGAGCAUCUAGCUAAUCAACUCAGCAGGAGCAGACAGCAGGGAUCCCCUACUUCAGGCCACUGUGACAGAAAGGGGACAGCCACUAUUGCAAUAGUGUUUGGAGGAUUUCUCAUAUGCUGGGCACCCUUUUUCCUUUGCCUCAUUAUUAACCCUUUUAUUGAGUAUUCUAUUAAUCCAGUUUUGAUUGAUGUGCUCAUGUGGUUUGGAUACUUUAAUUCCACAAUAAAUCCUUUUAUUUAUGCAAUCAGGUACACUUGGUUUAGAGCGGCAUUAAAAAUCAUCUUAAGUGGGAAAGUUUUUCAUGAAAAUACUAGCAGGAUACAGUUAUCCUCAUAUGAGUAA